AUGCUUUACUGCAUUUCCUACAUGCCAUUUUUACUACUAGUCAAGAAGACCUGUGCAAGAUGCUUAUCAUGGGAGUGGACUAUCACUGUUUUUACAGGUAUCACAGAUGCUGGAGUGGCAGUGAUCGGAUCUGGUCUAUCUUUUCUGCAAUCAUUAGAUGUAUCAGACUGCAGAAAGCUGACAGACAAGGGGUUGUCAGCUCUUGUUGAGGGAUGCCGUGAUCUGAGAACCUUGCAUGUUUCUGCCUGCAGAUUUGUUACAGAUGAGUUAUUAAGAGCUCUGUCCAAGUACUGUCAUAAACUAGAAGAGUUAUCCUUACAAGGAUGCGCCAACAUAACCGACGCUGGUCUCACUGUUCUUGUUGAUGGUUGUCAAAGGAUCAAGCAUUUGGACGUCAAUAAAUGCAGCAAAGUUGGAGAUGUAGGGAUAUCUAGUGUAUCCAAAGCUUGUUCAUCGUCUCUGAUAACGCUGAAGUUGUUGGAUUGCUACAAAGUUGGAGAUGAAUCCAUAUUAUCAUUGGCCAAGUACUGUAGAAACAUUGAGACUCUCAUCAUUGGUGGCUGCCAGGCGAUAUCUAACGAUUCCGUAAAGUCAUUGGCUGCUGCUUGUUAUCAGAGUCUUAAGAGGCUUCGGAUGGAUUGGUGUUUAAAUGUUUCUGACUCUUCAUUGAACAGCAUCCUCUCUCAGUGCAGUAAUCUAGAGCUUCUGGACAUUGGGUGUUGUGAAAAGGUUACAGAUGCUGCUUUUGAGGGGUUAGACAGAAUGGGAUUCGAGUUGAAAUUGAAAAUUUUGAAGGUCAGUAACUGUCCACAAAUCACUGUGGCAGGGAUAGGCCAACUACUGGAUUCAUGUUACUCUUUGGAAUAUUUUGAUUUGCGGUCAUGUCCUCGUGUUACCAAAGCAGAGUGUGACGAGGCUGGAUUGCAGUUUCCGGAAUGUUGUAAACGGAGCCAGAUAUAUUACUUUGAGGCCAGGAUUGAAAUGGCAUGGGCACUGGUUUGGAAGCUUGUUGGCCGACUGCAACAGAUGAUG